GCUAUUUUUGUUCGAAGCUGAUACUUCUGCCUGAGCCACAAGUGCCGCUUGGAAAGGGCUCAGGUUGUUUCCAGGGGGAGAACUCUGCAGAGAAGAGACGAAGUUCAGCAGGACAACAAAGGGGCGGCAGAAACAGCCAGGAAAACGAAGAGCCCUCACGUUUUUCACACCGAGCCCCCUAUCAGAGUUCUCGAAUUCUAAAGUAUUCUGCAAAGUGCCACUUGACCGGAACUUUUCGCCUGCCUUUCCUUUCUCCAACCACCAUGACUGAGAUCACUGCUGAAGGAAAUGCAUCUACUACCACAACUGUGAUCGACAGCAAAAAUGGAUCCGUGCCCAAAUCCCCUGGAAAAGUGCUGAAGAGGACGGUCACAGAGGACAUAGUGACAACAUUCAGCUCCCCAGCAGCCUGGCUUCUGGUCAUUGCUCUGAUAAUCACAUGGUCAGCUGUUGCUGUUGUUAUGUUUGACCUGGUGGAUUACAAAAACUUUUCAGCGAGCUCUCUUUCCAAGAUUGGCUCAGAUCCUCUAAAACUUGUGCACGAUGCUGUGGAAGAAACCACGGACUGGGUCUAUGGCUUCUUUUCUUUGUUGUCUGACAUCAUCUCGUCUGAGGGUGAUGAAGAAGAUGAUGAUGAUGGGGAUGAGGACGCUGAUAAAGGAGAAAUAGAGGAGCCUCCCUUGAAACAAAAAGAAAUACACAAAGAUAAGACUGAAAAGCAGGAGAAACCUGAAAGGAAAAUACUAACUAAAGUUGCAUACCGAGAAAAAGAAAAAGUAAAAGAAAAAGAAAAAUCUGAAAAAAAAGCAACUCACAAGGAAAAAAUUGAGAAAAAAGAAAAAACAGAAACAAAGAAAGAAGAGAGGAAAGCCAAGGCUGAAGAGAAGAUUAAAAAGGAAGUGAAAGGUGGGAAACAAGAGAAAGUGAAGCCAACAGCUACAAAAGUCAAAGAAGUACACAAAACUCCACCUAAGCCCAAAGAGAAGGAGGGGAAAGAGACUGCGGCCGUGUCCAAGCAUGAACAGAAAGAUCAGUAUGCGUUCUGUCGAUAUAUGAUUGACAUGUUUGUCCAUGGGGAUUUAAAACCAGGCCAAAGCCCAGCCUUACCACCUCCAUUACCAACAGAACAAGCUUCCAGACCCACUCUGGCAUCACCUCCUCUGGAAGAGAAAGAAGAGGAAAAGAAGAAAGCGGAGAAGAAAGUGACUUCUGAAACAAAAAAGAAAGAAAAAGAAGAUGUCAAAAAGAAAACGGAUAAGGACACUGCCGUGGAUGUGAAAAAAAAAGCAGCAUCUAAAAAAGAUGAAAAGAAGGAAGAUUCUAAGAAAACAAAAACCCCGGUAGAAGAACAUCCCAAGGGAAAAAAACAGGAAAAGAAAGAAAAACAUGUGGAACCAGCAAAGUCACCAAAGAAGGAACAUUCGGCUCCAAGUGAAAAACAAGUAAAAGCAAAAACUGAACGAGCCAAAGAAGAGACCAGUGCUGCCUCAACUAAAAAAGCUGUACCUGGUAAGAAGGAAGAGAAAACAACCAAGACAGUGGAGCAAGAAAUUAGAAAAGAAAAAUCCAUGAAGACGUCUUCAGUUUUGAAGGAUAAAGAAUCUGAUAUUAAAAAAGAUGAAAAGAUGCUCAAAGCAGGCAAAGAAGUCAAGCCUAGGACUCCACAGCCACAAGUAAAAAAGGAAGAGAAACCAGAGUCACAAGUUAAAAAGGAAGCAAAAUCAGAACAAGACAUAGCAAAACCAGAAAAGACUGUUUCUCAUGCAAAACCAGAAGAAAAAGUUGUCAAGCAGGUAAAAGCUACCACAAUAGAAAAAACAGUCAAGCCCAAACCAGCAAAAAAAGGUGAACACCAAGAAAAAGAAUCUCCAUCUACAAAAACAGACAAACCUAAACCAACUUCAAAGGAAACAUCAGAAGUCACAGAAUCAGGGAAGAAGAAAACUGAAAAAUCUGAAAAAGAAAGUAAAGAAAAAGGGGAAAUGAAACAUCUUAAAGAAGAAAAAGUCUCAACAAGAAAAGAAAAUCUUCAAUCACACAAUGUGACAAAAGCAGGAAAACCUGCAAGAGUAUCAAGAGAAGAUUUGGAAGAUGUACCAGCUUCAAAGAAAGCUAAAGAAGCUGAAGAUGUGUCUUCCACAAAGAGGCAAAAAAGCCCCAUCAGUUUCUUCCAAUGUGUCUACUUGGAUGGAUACAAUGGCUAUGGAUUUCAGUUUCCUGUCACUCCUGCACACCGUCCUUCAGAGAGCUCUGACCAACCAAGUUCUCCAGGUCAGAAGCAACAAGGACAAUAGACACACAUGCAGGGCCCUUACAAGUGCUUUAAGACUUUGAAAAUAGGAUCUUCUGUUUGUCUGCAGUGGCAUAGGCAAUUGAAAUCAUGAAUCUGAGGAAUUUCUCUGAAAAUGUUUUACUCUUCUGCCUGAUCUAGAGAGAAAGGGUGGGCAAAAGCAAUGAAUGAUAAGCAAACAUAUUGAAAGAUCUGGCAUUCAAGAACCUGUUAUUUGUGUUUGUUGCUAGGCAUGGAUGCUUAUAUUUUUCUAUUUCUACUUAUUGUAGGGUUGCUCACAGGUUAAUUUAAAGUUUCCUUAAUCAUGAUCUUUUAAACAUAACUGACACAAUUACAAAAUGGAAUUCUGAUGUCAGGUAUAUUUUUAAAUGACAACAAAGACUGUGCUUUCAAUUUAAAGAGUAUAGGAGCUACCCUUUAUGGGCAUACAAAACUACUUUUUAUCAUGUAGCUCUCUAAACACAAUUUGCCCACUAAGUUGAUGUUCAAUAGUUUGAUUUUAUUUAUGUCUCUUUCUAUUUUAGCUGUGGUAAUGCUCUAAGAAUGGGUAAUAGUUGAACCAAAAAGUGCUGUAAGUUCCUUGUAAUGCUCCUUUUGAUAGAAUUCAAAAUAUCUCUGAACUUUGGACAUGGUAAGAUGGAGUAGAAAUGUUUGAUAAAUCAUAUCUUUGAUUUGUCUUGAAUUACAACUAGGACAUUCACUCCAUUGGAAAUAUACCAUCCAAUUAGGCAAGUCUGAUGAAUCAUUUGUUUAAAAUAAAAGCAAAUGAGAUGUAGUAUUUUCAGAUUUUUCCAGACUAUGGCCUAAUGAAAAUGUCACCUGGAUGAAAUUUUAGAUCAGUCACUAAAUUCAGGUGACAGUUGCAAAGUAUUUAAUGUCACUUUAAUAGGAUCAUUCUGUACAGUUAAGUACAUUUUCUUUCUCAAAAAAAAUAUAUUUGUGUAUAUAUAUAUACCUACAUAUAUAUGCACACACACAUACAUAAAUGAAUGUCAUCAAAAUUAAAGAAAUGCAUUUUAAACACAAGUGCUUCAUGAGAUGUCUUACUUGUUUCUUAGGU